AUGGACCAAAGCAAUUAUAGCUCUCUAAAUGGUUUUAUUCUGCUGGGCUUCUCUGACCAUCCCACACUGGAAAUUGUCCUGUCAGGAAUUGUCAGCAUCUUCUACUUAAUUACAUUGGUGGGUAACACAGCCAUCAUUCUGGCAUCUCUCCUGGACUCCCAUCUUAACACACCAAUGUAUUUCUUCCUCAGGAAUCUAUCUUUCCUAGAUCUGUGUUUCACAACAAGCAUCAUCCCUCAGAUGCUGGUUAACUUGUGGGGACCUGAUAAGACCAUCAGUUAUAUGGGCUGUGCCAUUCAACUCUAUGUUUAUAUGUGGCUGGGUUCUGUUGAGUGCCUUCUCCUGGCUGUUAUGUCCUAUGAUCGUUUUAUAGCUAUUUGUAAACCCCUGCAUUAUUUGGUAAUCAUGAACCCACACCUAUGUCUCAAGAUGAUUAUCACAGUCUGGAGUACUAGUUUUGUUGUUUCUUUAAUAUUAUGUACACUCACCCUGAAUUUGCCUCGAUGUGGAAAUAACCGUCUGGAACAUUUCUUGUGUGAGUUGCCAGCUAUGGUCAGGUUAGCUUGUAUAGAUACCACAACAGUUGAAAUGUCUGUUUUUGCUUUAGGCAUUGUCAUUGUCAUUACACCCCUCAUCCUUAUUCUCAUAUCCUACGGUUACAUUGCCAAAGCUGUACUGAGAAUGAAGUCAAAAGCAGGCCAACGAAAAGCAAUGAAUACCUGUGGAUCUCAUCUUACUGUGGUGUCCAUCUUCUAUGGAACUAUAAUUUACAUGUACCUGCGACCAGGUAACAGUGCCUCCAAAGAUCAGGGCAAGUUCCUCACCCUCUUUUACACCAUCAUCACUCCAAGUCUCAACCCUCUUAUUUACACCUUAAGGAAUAAGGACAUGAAGGAUGCACUGAAGAAGUUGAUGAGAAUUGACCAUGGAUCUAAAAAAUCAAAGCGGGACUGGAAUUCAUAG